ACAUGGCCUUUGGUUCACCCUUGGAGGCUUUGACCAGAUGCGGCGUCGUUGUUUUCGUGUCUUCAUUUUUCUUUCAUUCAUUCAUUCAUUUAUUCAAUUCAUUGUCAUAACUCUAUAAUUCCCACACGCAUACAAUGCCGCCGCCGGAGAGUCCAGAUUCCGGCGCCACCUCCGCUCCCUCGCUCGUCAGAACCUACCGCGUCUGGCAAGGCAGUAACGUUUUUCUUUUUGGAGGGAGACUUAUAUUUGGACCUGAUGUCAAAUCUAUAUUUAUAUCCGUUUUUCUUGUGCUCGUCCCUGUCGCUGUGUUCUGUGCUAUGGUUGCUAGGAAACUGUUAGAUGAUUUUCCUCAUUACUCCGGAUGGUCAAUAAUGGCUGUAGCUAUUGCUCUCACACUUUUCGUUCUGGUCACCCUUGUAGUGACCUCAUCAAGAGAUCCAGGCAUAGUCCCUCGUAAUGCUCAUCCUCCGGAGCUAGAUGAUUAUUACUGGACUGACAGCAUCAAUGGAACAAAUCCAUUGUCACGCUUACCACGAACAAAGGAUGUAAUUGUCAAUGGUAUAAUAGUGAAAACCAAAUAUUGUGAAACUUGCAUGCUCUAUAGACCCAUCCGCGCUUCUCACUGUUCAGUCUGUGAUAACUGCGUGGAGAGAUUUGAUCAUCACUGCCCAUGGGUGGGUCAGUGUAUUGGACUGCGAAAUUACCGGUUCUACUACAUGUUUAUUUUGUCUGCCACUCUGCUUUGCUUAUACGUGCAUGCCUUUUGCUGGGUCUACAUUAGGAGGAUCAAGGACUCCGAGAAAAUAUCAAUUUGGAAAGCAAUGACCAAAACUAUAGCAUCCAUUGCGCUAAUAAUCUACACUUUCGUUUGUGUCUGGUUUGUUGGCGGCCUCACUGUUUUCCACACCUACCUCAUCAGCACAAACCAGUCUACUUACGAAAAUUUUAGAUACCGGUAUAACCACCAAGUCAACCCAUAUAACAGAGGGAUAAUUAAGAACUUCGCAGAAGUAUUCUGCACCAGGGUUCCUCCAUCGAAGAACAAUUUCAGGUCUAAAGUUCCAAAGGAGCCAUUAGAUUCACAUCGAAGAACGGAUAUUGGGUCCUUCAGCCCAGUGCUGAAACGAACGCGGAGGAAUAUGGAAUUAGUAGGGAGUUCAAUUAACAACGAGCGAGACGAGGAAAGUGAUUAUAGAGACGGGUUUAACAAUGAAUCACGUAGGAAAGAUAGUGAAUUGACUGAAAAGUCCCUGAAUUUAAGCAGGACCUUUCCCACGGAAGGAGAAGAGGGACAAGAAAAUGGACAGCCUGGGCCUGUAUACGAAAUAAUUGCAGAAAUUCCGGACAGCACAGCAGAAGUUGGGGAAUCAAAUUGGGCUGCUAAGCCCAGUUACUCAAAUACAGCGUGAGCCUACCUGCCAGGACAAUUAUAGUGAUGUAAAUUAAAAGUUCAAAACAGCAAUAUUAGACAUUUUGAGAGAUGUAAAUUAGACUCUCAAACGAGUAAUGAGCAAGAUACAGGUUUUGUUAAAUGUUUUGUGGAUAUUUUGAGAGAAUAAUGUUUUCGGGACAUCAAAUGCUAGUUUACAUCAUGAGAGAAAGACAGAAAAGGGAAGAAUGACAGUGUAAUAUGUGAUUAAAAAAAAUAAUGGAAAAAGAGGUGUUAAAUGA